GCACCAUACUUUCACUGAAGAAGGAAAUAAAAAUAUAAAAAAAGCCAAAACUGAGUAUGAAAUGAAAGAAAAAUGGUCUGCUAGGAACAUAACCACGAAUGAAAGAAAGGAAAUCCGUUAAAAAGGCUAAAAAUUAUCAUAAACUGGAGAAAUAAUCAGCGCUGAGCAGUCUGUGGAUGAAGAACUUGGGGUACAGUGUCAUACACACCAAGGACAGAUAGGAGGACUGUGUAUAGUUUAUGAGUGAGGCAGUGCGAGGAGUGAGGUGAUGGCGGCGCCCCCGAAGCCUUGGGAGAGACUAGGAGACGUGAACCACCGACAGCCCAAUUACCAGCCCGACCAGACACCCUCAUUCAUCUCCGCCUCCCCUUACAUGGUGCCGGGGAGUGGAGGGGGGGGCGGCAUGGGUCCCUCCCUCCCACCGCUGCCACCCCGGCCCACCUCCACCAUGACCUCCUACAGCACAUACCCUCGCCCGGCAUAUGGCAGCUACAACACCAUGGGGAUGUAUGGCAAUGGGAUGUAUGGGGGGACCUACAGGGGGUAUGGCCAGUAUGGGAUGGGUGGCAUGCCGGACAUGUCGGAUGAUAACGGGUUUCUUCAGAUAGCAGAGAAUAGCUCCCGGCAAGCAUUUCAGAGCAUAGAAAGCAUCGUGCACGCCUUUGGUUCUGUCAGUAUGAUGCUGGAGUCUACAUACCAUGCAGUCUACAGUACAUUCCGUGCAGUGCUUGGGGUGGCUGACCACUUCAACAGGAUGAAGUCACACUUUGCUCAAAUAUUUUCUGCGCUUGCCAUCGUUCGGACACUGCGGUGGCUGUACCACAGACUCCUGUAUUUGAUUGGUUUGCGAUCUCAGGACCCAAGCUUAGAGUCAGUGUGGCGCAAUGCCAGCAGCAGUCUUCCAGGUGCUCAACAAAUCACAGAGUCUGACAUCAAAGCCUCCAAGUCAUCCUGGCCAAUAGUGAUGUUCCUUGGUGUUGUGUUUGGUGGCCCUUAUCUCAUCUGGCGUCUCUUGUCCUCACUGGUGCCCACAAAGUCAAAGGCACAAGGCUGGAUCAAGGGACAAGAGGAGCACUAUGCAGCAGUGGCACAGUACCCCUUCCAGGCAAAGACAAGGAAUGAGCUUUCCUUUGUUUCUGGACAGCAGCUUAUUCUGGCACCUAAAGACCAGCAGCCAAGUCUUCAGGGGUGGUUGUUGGCAUCCAAUGGGAAGAACAUAGGACUCGUGCCUGCAAAUUACAUCAAAAUUGUUGGCUUGCAUCCACCUCAGCUGCAGCAAGCAGGCAACACCCAGGAGGGGCAAAAAGGAAACCCAAUGAUGGCCUCAAGAAUCCCCACCAUUCCAUCCCCUCAGCUGAGGACUUGCCCAUCGCUGCCUGAGCACACUGUCCCCUACAUGAGAAACUUUGAGCCACAGCCUGGCACACCUCAUAUGCAACAGAGGCCUCUCACCACAAGCCAGCAAGGGGCAGCACCAGCAGCCUGGCAGAGGGCUCCUGUAACAACCUGGCAAAGAGCACCACUGACCCAGCAAGGGGUACCACCAGCAGCCUGGCAGAGACUACCACCAACCAUACAGCAAGGCCCACCACUAACCACACAGCAAGGCCCACCACUAACCACACAGCAAGGCCCACCACUAACCACACAGCAAGGCCCACCACUAACCACACAGCAAGGCCCACCACCAACCACACAGCAAGGCCCACCAUCACUAACCACACAGCAAGGCACACCACUAACCACACAGCAAGGCCUACCACUAACCACACAUCAACCACUAACAACACAGCCACCACCACUAACCACACAGCAAGACCCACCACUAAUCACACAGCAAGACCCACCACUAAUCACACAGCAGGAAGUACCAAAGAGUCCACCAAGCUCACCUUCACUCUCCCAGCCAGCCACAUCGCCUCCACAGAACACUCCACCUUUCACUCCUGAGAGUUUGGAUGGGGCAGUCAUACAGAGAACCAGUCCACAGAUGGAUGGAGAAACUUUUAACAUUGAUGAGCCUGAUGGUACAAAUGGAGACAAUGGUUUAGAGGAGUAAUGUAUAAAUGUAUUGUUUUCCUUGUUUUCUUUUCUCUUUUUAUCUUUUCUCCAUUUUGGUGCUCACAACAGCUUAGUAACUUCAUAGAGGUUAGAGAAAAAGCUGUCUGGUCACAGUCUAUAAAGCAGUAGAGUUAAGUGGGAUAUUCAGCUGUAUAGCUCUAUUUCUUAGUUGUGUAUGUAGAUGUGUUGCUUUGCCUUCACAUCUUUUAAUAUAUGUUCUUAAGUUUGUUUCCAUUAUUUUAUUCUUUCAGCUUUUAUGUUUAGUUGACCUAAUGUAAAAGUGAUUGUGCUUUAAAAUUACAUUGAAACCUUAAUGUUGUAGCUCAUUGUGUCAUUGAAUUAUAAAACAAAUUAUCUUAAUUUGUAAUAGUUAUAGUAUUAAUUGGUAUUUGAAACAUUUGUCUUUCACUAAUGUAUGUGGAUGUGAGACUGUCUUCUCCACCAAGGGAAGGCAACAUGCAUAUUUUGUGAUGUGCAAUGUCCAAAAUAUUCAAUUAUAGCUACAUUAUGGAACAUAUUUAGUGGAGAAUAUUUAUAAAGGAAUAAUACAUGUAUCCAUAUUAUAUACCUCUUAAUAUUUAUUUUUAAAGAAUAUCUGGAAAGUAUAUUUUGAGAGUUUUGGUUGUGAAAGGUUCCCAUUUAUCUCAUAAUCCAAGUAGCACUAGUUAAUUUGUUGGUGGCUUGUAAGAGAGAGCAGAGGCCAGUAUGACAAUGUGCACAAGUUCUUUGUAGUAAAUUCUUGUGCUUCUUGGAGUAGUUAACUACAAACUGUUUAUAAACAAGUGAGUUAUGCAUCAUAUUGAUGUGAGAACAUUUUGAAAGGCAAAAGCAACUUGUACUUGCUAUUGUAUCUUCCUCUCUGCCUAAUUCUUCAUAGGAUGGAUGAUCGUCACCUAGUGACAGACUUCACCUCCCACCAAGACAUGCUUAAGAUUCACUCCUGCACAGUCUGGUCUUGCACAUCAACCUGCUGUUACAGUUCUCUGACAAAACCUAUAUCCCACUCAGUCUUUUCCAAAAGUUUUACCACAAGAAGUGUUAACACUCCAUAUCUCAUAAGGCUUCUCUCGGAAUAAUGUUGUUUGUGAAGCUACACUUUAGCUUCAAACCUGCCGAUGCUUUUCAUCAUGGCAGGUCACCAUAUGCAAAUCUGAUGGUGGCUAAUUUCCAUUGAGUGGAGUGGAGAUUUUGAAAAUGAAAUUGCUUUGGCACUUGUAAUUUCAGCAAUAUUUUAUUUGGUUUGAAUGACUUCAGGUCACCUGUUGUGGGCUCAUUCAAAAUAGUCCUGCAUUGAAUGAGCAGCUGGUGUCCAGGCCAGGUGACUGGCAGUAAUUACUACUAGCAUAACAGAACCAAAAGCAAUAAUGAUGUAGAAUCUCCACCAUAUGGUACAUUUUCAUAUACAAUGUAAAGGUCUCCACUUUCAGUCAGCAGAUGACAUUUUGCUGAAACCCUACGAUGCAAGAAACUUUUUUUAGUAGUGUUGGGAGCCCCAAAACAGUUGUUUUGGCAAACCAAGAAAUAAACCUUUUUCAGUAGAGAAAUGUUGGAAGCCUCAGCAGAUUAAGGAGUAAACACAUGUCUGUUACAAUAAUUUUGAUGUGUUCAGGUUCUGUAGAUCAAUUUUCACUAGUUUUUUAUUAAAUUUUUGAAAGCAGCCACAAUGAGUAUGUGGUGCAGUGUAGGUGAUGAGCAUGAUGUGACAUUACUGUACUGUGUGGUGGGAACUCAUUCUAAGAAUUUUCAAUAUCUUAUUGUCGACAUGAAGGAAGUUGUCACUACCUAAGCUUGUACUGUAUAUAGGACUAAGGUAUACUUCAUACAUGUGACAUGAAUGCUAUGGAAUACCUCAAGUAGCUCCAGUACAAUCAUGGGAUCAAAUAUACAGUAUUUGAUUCUGUGCAAGUCAUUGACUCAAUUGUGAUCUUGUGUCAAGGGAAGCGUGCAAGACAGUAAGACCAUGAACAGGUCAAACAUCACCAUUUCGAUUUGUAACAGCAGAAUUUUUCACAAAGAAAAACUGAUAUAUGAAAAUAAGGUGGAUAACAGUGAUCCGUGUGUGUGUGUGUGUGUGUGUGUGUGUGUGUGUGUGUGUGUGUGUGUGUGUGUGUGUGUGUGUAGUUCUGAAGCAAUAACCACACAAUAGGAAUGUCAUGCACAUUAUUGAUCUCAUUAGAGCCAUUUCAUUACAAUGUUUGUAUGUAUAUGACCAGUUAGAAUUUGAAUUGACCAGGAUAGGUCUGUGAUUUGUAUCAGACUGUAGUGAGCUAAGAAUGUUUGAUGAAUGAGGAAAAGGUAGGAUUUAUAUAUAGAAAAAAAAAAAAAAAAUGUAUGUGGAUGGAGUGAUAAUAUUGUAUGGCCUAAAUUUGCCACAAACUCCACAACUAAGAAAACUUUCAAUAGUGUCAAUAAAAAUACAAAAUAUUAAA